AUGAUCACCUGCGAAAAACUUGGGGCGUUGGUAGUGGUUGGACUUGGGCUUCUACAACAUGUCGGCGCUGCCAAUAUGUGGAUGGGGAUGCCAAUUCAGGGGCGUUCAGGACUAUUCGAGAGACAAGUACUUGACUGCGGCGAGGGGAGGACUCCGUGUGGGAAUGCUGGAUGUAUGCCAGUAGACAGAUGUUGUAACCCCGACGGUAAAGAUAAUGCAUGGGUCUGUGGCGAGAGCGAAGCAUGUUAUACUAUCUCAGAAACAGUUGAUUGUUAUUUAACUACGGCCACGGCUACUGCGACACCAACAACAGUUCGUGAAUGUUAUGACUACACUGCUACUGGCUGUACCGAGUGGGUUGGAUGCUUCAAGUGCUUGGAAACUGCCGCUCCCUUCUGCUAUACUAGGAGCGCUACAGGCACGACCGACAUUUGGAUAGUAUGCAAUACCGUCGGCGGAAGUGACCCGGCUAUUGGCAGCGCAACCGCCACCAGAACUGCCACCAGCAAUGAUUUCUCCUCGACGGCAGCUGCUGUCCGCCUCACUGCCAGUUCUGCAUCUGGCUCUACAAGCACUCCUGACCCCUCCUCCCCUACUGCAACUGGAGAAUCUGGAGGGAGUACGUUUUCUAGCGGUGCGAUCGCUGGCAUCGCGAUCGCUGGCUUUGCCGCAGCCUCUACAAUUGGGGUGCUUGCAUUCUUGCUCUACAGGAAAAGGAAGAACGCUCAGCAGUCGCAGUCGCAGCCGCAGCCGCAGCCUCUGAUGAACGAUAUUGAUCGCCAUAGUGAUAUGGCGAAGCACGAGCCCGUGGUAGAGUUGAGUGGCGACGCACCGCAUCCGCAGAUGGAGCUACAAGAGUUGGACUCUUAUCCGAUUAAAGACCGUACUCCGUCCUCGGGGCCGAGUGAGUUGGUCUGA